AUGAAGAGGGCUGCGGAUGAGAUGGUGGACGGCGGAGUCAAGAAGCCGGUCUUCCUUACCAAAGAGGAGCGCCAAAAGCUCGCCCUCCAACGCCGCCAGGAAGAAGCCACUGUUCAGCAGAAACGCCGCGCCGAGAUGCUUCUCCAACAACAAGCACCCGCUGCUAACAACAGUCACUCGCACGACACCGACCGCAGGGCCCGAGACCGCGAUUCCGAGCGCCGGAACCGUGACCGAGAACGCGAGGACGAACACAAGGCCCGGGAGCGUGCUCGCCUGGAGAAAUUAGCUGAGAGGGAACGUGAGAUUGAGCUAACCGCCAUAAAGGAACAGUAUCUGGGGUCUAAGAAGCCCAAGAAGAGGGUGAUUAAGCCGAGCGAGAAGUUCCGAUUCUCGUUUGACUGGGAGAACACCGAGGACACCUCCCGCGACAUGAACUCCUUGUACCAAAACCCCCACGAGGCGAGGCUCCUCUUUGGCCGCGGGUUUCGGGCCGGGAUGGAUCGCAGGGAGCAGAAGAAGCUUGCCGCCAAGAACGAAAAAGACCUGAGGGACGAGAUCCGCAAGAAGGAAGGCGUGGAGGAGACUCGUGAGGAAGCCGCUGCUCAGAAGAAGAAAGAGCAAGCAGCCGACUCGUACGACACCUUUGACAUGAGGGUCGAUCGGCACUGGUCGGACAAGAAGCUGGAGGAGAUGACCGAGAGGGAUUGGAGGAUUUUCAGGGAAGAUUUCAACAUCUCUUACAAAGGCUCUAGGAUCCCUCGUCCCAUGAGGAACUGGGCUGAGAGCAAGUUGAGCGCUGAGUUGCUGAGGGCGGUUGAGAGGGCAGGAUACAAGUCUCCUUCCCCAAUUCAGAUGGCAGCCAUUCCUCUUGGCCUGCAACAGCGAGACGUGAUUGGCAUUGCCGAGACUGGAUCAGGUAAAACAGCCGCCUUUGUUCUUCCUAUGCUGACUUACAUAACCAGACUGCCUCCUAUAAGCGAGGAGAAUGAGGCCGAGGGGCCCUACGCAGUUGUCAUGGCACCCACCAGAGAGCUUGCUCAGCAGAUUGAGGAUGAGACCACCAAAUUUGCUCACUACAUGGGGAUCAAGGUGGUUUCUAUUGUUGGUGGGCAGUCCAUAGAGGAACAGGGGUUUAAGAUUAGGCAGGGAUGUGAGGUUGUGAUUGCCACACCCGGGCGUCUUCUUGAUUGCUUGGAGAGGAGGUAUGUAGUUCUGAACCAGUGUAAUUAUGUUGUUCUUGAUGAGGCAGACCGCAUGAUUGACAUGGGUUUCGAACCCCAAGUGGUGGGUGUAUUAGAUGCUAUGCCUUCGAGUAAUAUGAAGCCGGAGAAUGAGGACGAAGAGCUUGAUGAGAGGAGGAUAUACCGAACCACUUACAUGUUUAGUGCUACCAUGCCACCUGCCGUGGAGCGUCUAGCAAGGAAGUACUUGAGAAAUCCGGUUGUGGUCAAUAUCGGUACUGCAGGGAAGGCGACUGAUCUCAUCAGUCAACACGUGAUUAUGAUGCGGGAGAAUGACAAAAUGGAUAGGUUGAAGAAACUGUUGGAUGAGUUUGGUGACAAGACAGCUAUCGUGUUUGUUAACACAAAGAAAGUUGCUGACAAUGUUGCGAAAACUUUGGAUAAAGAGGGUUACAGGGUAACCACACUGCACGGGGGGAAGUCACAGGAACAAAGAGAAAUAAGCCUUGAAGGUUUUAGGACUAAGAGAUACAAUGUACUGGUUGCAACAGAUGUAGCCGGACGUGGUAUCGAUAUACCUGAUGUGGCACACGUCAUAAACCAUGACAUGCCAAACAGUAUUGAAGCAUACACUCAUCGUAUUGGAAGAACGGGUCGUGCUGGGAAGACUGGGGUAGCUACAACAUUUUUGACUCUGCAUGACACUGAAGUCUUCUAUGAUCUCAAGCAAAUGCUGAUUCAGAGCAAUAGUCCUGUCCCUCCAGAGCUUGCGAGGCAUGAGGCCUCAAAGUUUAAACCCGGCUCCAUUCCUGAUAGACCUCCCAGACGAAAUGACACUGUGUAUGCACAUUGA